CACUACCAACACCGGCCAGCAGCUUCGCCGUUCCCCCUCCGGCGUCGGCGGCAUCCGCCACACGCGUUCGUUCGUUCCUUCAAGUCCCAUGUCCACCCCCGGCCGCCGCACCGCGCGCCCGUGGUGGAGUCGAGUGGAGGGGUAGAUUUUAAAAGCCCAUUCCGUACCGAUGAUAUUUCACUUGUCACCGCCCCUAUCAUCGCUAAAAACCUUUCUUUUUCUCCCGUCACAUCACCUUUCACUGCAUACUGUCUCCUCCCUCUCACCCAUUCACUUGCAGUCCUGCAGUGUGCCACAGUCCCUCCCCUCUUCCAGUCUCGCCGCCAAUUAGUACUCACCCCCUCCCUUGCAUCCGCUCCCCUCCCCCCUCCUCUCUUCCCCCCCCGACCUCGGCGCCGAGGCAUGCUGUUGCCGUGAGUGAGCAAGGGAUCUUUCCGGCGAUCUUGGAGGCGGCGAGCCUGGUGCCGCAUGCUGGCUGUCCGGCCGGCCGGAGGCUAGCUAGCUCUCGCCUCUCGACCGAGAAGUGAAGUGAAGUGAAGCGAGAUGGACCUGGUGCCGCACCCGGACAGCCCGCACUCCGACAACAGCGGCGGCGGCGGCGGCUCGGCGUCCGGGGCGCUGUCGCCGGGGGCGUCAUCCGCGGGCGCGGCGUCGGCGCUGGCGUCGCCGAGCCGGUACGAGUCGCAGAAGCGGCGGGACUGGAACACGUUCGGGCAGUACCUGCGGAACCACCGGCCGCCGCUGUCCCUGGCGCGCUGCAGCGGCGCGCACGUGCUGGAGUUCCUGCGCUACCUCGACCAGUUCGGCAAGACCAAGGUGCACACCCCGGCCUGCCCCUUCUUCGGCCACCCGGCGCCGCCGGCGCCCUGCCCGUGCCCGCUCCGCCAGGCGUGGGGCAGCCUGGACGCGCUCGUGGGCAGGCUGCGCGCCGCCUACGAGGAGAACGGCGGGCGGCCCGAGAACAACCCCUUCGGCGCGCGCGCCGUCAGGCUCUACCUUCGCGAGGUCCGCGACCAUCAGUCCCGCGCCCGGGGCGUCAGCUACGAGAAGAAGAAGCGCAAGAAGGCCCCGGCGCACCCCGUCCCUGCCGCCGUCAUCUCCUCCUCCCACGACGGCAACGGGCACCACUACGAGCACCAGAUGCCGCCGCCGCCGCCGCCCGGCGCCGCGGCUUGACUGGCCAGCCGGCCGGCCGGCCGGAGCUCCCGGUCCCGGCGCGGCCCCAUGUAUGCUACUACCACAUGCACUACUAUUAGCCGAUCAUCUUCUUGGUCGGUGCCUCUCUAUAGCUAGCUGAAGCUCCUGUGAUCGACUACUAUAUAUCUAUUGCCUCUAUCUAGUUCUUGGCUCCUUUCUACUAUCGAUCUGUGGCUAUAGUUUAGCUGCCACUACUGCUAGUACAACUGCUGCUGCUGCUACAAAUUACUCCCGUUGCUCUUUCAAAUAUGCUUUUGCUGCUGGUAUUGCUACUGGAACUACUACUGUCUCUUGAUUAGGUCAGUUCUCGAUCUGAUCGUUUCCCAGCUUAAUUGGUGACACUCUACUAUUUGCUGCUACUGGUGAUGCCUCCAGCUGCAGCUGUGAACUCUUGAUGUGCUUCCUAGCAGCUUUUGCUCCUUUGAUCAAAUUGGCUUGAGAUUUUAA